AUGGGGAACUGCACCAGCGCCAUCGAUGCCUUUGUCCAGCGCGGCAACAGGGCGUCGCCGUCGCCGUCGCCGGCCGCUACUCCUGGAAUGUCUACAUCGAGGAGGACUAGUAGCUCUGCCACCACCGGGAAGCUGUCAACGCUUAGCAGUACCAGCACCUUCAUGCCGUCCACAGUUAGUGGUGUCAGCGUCGACGGCGAUUACCCAGAGGGCCAGAUUCUUGAGUCUCCAAGCCUCAAGAUAUACACAUUUGCCGAACUCAAGAGCGCCACCAAGAACUUCAGGCCUGAGACUGUGCUUGGGGAGGGCGGAUUCGGCAAGGUUUACAAGGGAUGGGUUGAUGAGAAGACCCUCAACCCGUCAAAGGCUAGCACUGGCAUCAUGGUUGCCGUCAAGAAGCUCAAUCCUGAGAGCGUGCAGGGAAUGGAACAAUGGCAGUCUGAAGUCAAUUUCCUUGGGAGGAUUUCGCAUCCCAAUCUCGUCAAACUCUUGGGCUAUUCCAUGGAUGACAACGAGCUACUACUCGUGUACGAGUUCAUGUCAAAGGGGAGCUUGGAGAACCACCUGUUCCGAAGAGGGGCGGUUUACGAGCCGCUGCCUUGGAGCCUCAGGCUGAAGAUUCUCAUCGGUGCAGCUCGUGGCCUCGCAUUUCUUCAUUCAUCAGAAAGGCAGAUCAUCUACAGGGACUUCAAGGCUUCCAACAUCUUACUGGAUUCGCACUUCAAUGCGAAGCUCUCAGAUUUCGGAUUAGCCAAGCAUGGUCCAGAUGGUGGGGAGUCUCAUGUGACAACAAGAGUCAUGGGAACCUAUGGCUAUGCAGCUCCAGAGUAUGUUUCUACCGGCCACCUGUAUGUGAAGAGUGAUGUGUAUGGCUUUGGCGUUGUACUGCUGGAGAUGAUCUCUGGCCUGAGGGCGUUGGACCCGAAACGCCAGAGCGAGAAGGUGAACUUGGUAAACUGGGCAAGGCCAUUGUUGUCUGACCGGAGGAAGCUUAGCCAGCUGAUGGACAGUGGGCUGGAGGGGCAGUACAAUCCCAAAGGAGCCCUCCUGGCUGCUCAGCUGACCCUCAAGUGCCUGAACGGUGACCCAAAGUGCAGGCCAUCCAUGAAGGAAGUGGUGGAGGCACUGGAGAAGAUCGAGUCUGUGAAGAGUAGGGUGAGGGAGCCCAGGAACAGCUCCUCGUCCUCGCGUCGUGGCCAGGUGCAGUCCCCUAGGAGUGACAGCGCUAGGAACAACUCCAGCUCCAGGGGCAGGUAG